AUGACAGCUGGACCAACAACUGAACAACCAUGCUCCGGAUAUGAACCAGGACCCAUCGUUGCAACAUAUCAAUCUGGCCAAACUAUUCCUAUAACAUGGACAAUUCUUACAGCUCAUGGGGGCAGCUGUAGUGUUCAACUUUCGAUAAAUGGCAAAGAUUCAGAAUUUCAAGAAUUAAAAUCAUAUUCAAAUUGCGCAGAUGCAAUUGGUACGUUUAAUGAUAAUGUACAGUUACCGGCGGGAAUAGCAUGCGAUAAAUGCACAUUCAGGUGGGUGUGGAAUUCAGCAUUAAAUGGUGAAUUGUAUCUACAGUGCGCGGAUAUUAAGAUUGGAGGCGAAAGUAAUAAUUCUACGAAUACUGUGCCACUUACAACUACAUUAUCUACACCACUUACGACUACAUUAUCUACACCACUUACAACUACAUUACCUACAUUACCGAUUUCAAAAACUAUAUCAUCAAAUUCGAAUACCAUAAUGGCACCUACCUUUACUAAAUUUCCAACGCGCACUUCUUCAAUUGAUAAACCUAUAAAACCAACGUGCACUUCUUCAAUUGCUAAACCUAUAAAACCAACGUGCACUUCUUCAAUUGCUAAACCUAUAAAACAAAAGUGCACUUCUUCAAUUGAUAAACCUAUAAAACCAACGUGCACUUCUUCAAUUGCUAAACCUAUAAAACUAACGUGCACUUCUUCAAUUGCUAAACCUAAAAAGCAAAAGUGCACUUCUUCAAUUGCUACACCUAAAAAGCCAACGUGCACUUCUUCAAUCGCUAUACCUAUAAAAAAUUCUAAACCAUGUACGCGUAGUUCAAAUAAUUAUAAACUAUAUACAACAGUGCAUCGUUCAAAGAAACCUUGCCCAAAAAAGUAUAGAAAAUAUAAAAACUAUAUAAGGCAUUAUCGAUCAAAAAAAAAAUGCUCAGAGAAACAUAAAAGAAUACUAUUAAUUUAG